AUGGAGUCGCUCUCUGAUACAAUCUGGGAUGUGGUUCUUUCUGGUACUGGACUACCACAAUCUCUUUUAGCAUUGGCUUUAUCCCGGUCCGGCAAGCAAGUGCUCCACAUUGACAAAAAUGACUACUACGGAGGUGCGGAGGCUGCUCUGAGCUUACAAGAGGUAGAAUCAUGGAUUGAUACAGCUGACGAGGGUUCGCCCUUCAGGUAUGCUGCGAUUAGAAAUUUGGCGGGAGAGAGAAAGCCGGAGCCAGGGGGCAAUAGCUCUGCGAAGCUGGGCUUUUCCCGAGCAUACAGUCUCUCGCUAUCGCCACAGUUGAUCUAUACUCGCUCAAACCUCCUUCCUGCCCUCGUGUCCUCGAAGGUCUAUCGCCAACUUGAAUUUCUCGCUGUUGGGAGCUGGUGGAUAUACGAGCAUGAAAAUGUUCGCGAAGACGCACAGAAAAAAGAUGCUGAAGAAUUAGAAGCCAUAUCUUCCACAGUGCGCCUGAAAAGGAUACCAGGCGGGCGCGAGGAUGUCUUUGCGGACAAGAGCAUUGAUCUGCGGUCCACCCGUUCGCUUAUGAAGUUCCUCAAGCUCGCUGCAGAUACGGAAGCACACACCUCUAUACUGGAAUUAUGGGGCUCAAAACCAUUUCCAGAUUUCCUAGAAUCCCAUCUCGGCAUCCCACGGCAACUGCAAGCUCCUCUACUCGCCUUGACGAUGUCUCCACAACCUCCUGCCAAAACCCUUACAUCCUACGCCCUUCCACGCAUCCACCGCCACCUCACCUCGGUGGGCAUGUUUGGUCCAGGGUUCGGCUCGGUGAUACCCAAAUGGGGUGGGCUUGCAGAGAUCGCGCAGGUGGCUUGCAGGGCCGGUGCAGUCGGCGGUGGGGUCUAUGUACUCAAGAAGGGCUUCGAGACGCACGAAAACCCAGAUCAGCAGGCCCUAGGGAGAGAGGGCACCCGGCUGGAUGAUAUCACGCAAGUAUCCACCGUCCGUCUUGAAGGAGGCGAGGAGAUCAAGACUCACUGGAUCGUCGGCUCCGAUUGGGACCUGCCGUCAAAACUCGAAGCAGUCAGGGGCGAAGAAGCAUUUCCGGACUACGUCUCUCGGAGCAUCACCAUCGUAUCUUCGCCGCUCUCGCAGCUUUUCCCCCCUCCCGCCGAGGGCGCGCCUCCGCCUGCUGGCGCUGUCGUCGUCUUUCCUACCGGAAGUCUUGAGCUUGAACAUGACAGUGAGAAGCCUCAAAUACUCAGGGACGAUCCUCCACCAGUCUAUUUGGUGAUUCAUUCAAGCGACACAGGGGAGUGUCCAGCCGGCCAAUGUGUCAUCUACGCCCACACCACCCACCCUGUUUCUCACACCGUUGCCCACUCCCUCCUGCAGAGCGCCGUUGACAAGUUCGUUGCCAGUAUCGACGCAUUCCCCCAGCCUCAAGUCCUGUGGCACCUCCACUACGACCAAAAGCACACCCCUCCCGCAACACUUGAUGACUACGACACCAACGUCAAGUGUGCCAAGAUUUCUAACCCGCAUGUUCUGAAGCUUCCAAAUGUGGACCCGGGACUGGUACUGGAGGAUGAUGUGUUGAAGCAUGUAAGGGCUGCGUGGCGGAGGAUUGUAGGUGAGGAUGAAGGGUUUAUGGUCUUUGGGGAGAGGGAGGGGAUGGGGGAGGAAGGAGUUGAGGAUGGCGAUGGGGAGAUGUAA